AUGGUUGAGGACUUACUAGCCCUACCGGGACGGGGGGCUUUACGACGUCUGGUCCCCGGAAAAGCGGAACCAGGCUCUUAUUGGUUUAACUUGGAUAAUUGUGUCGGCCGGAGCGUUUCCGAAACAAUUAAGAGCCAUUUUGUCGAGCCGCACUACAACUGGAGCAAGGUGUCGCAAGAGACGUUCGACACCUGGUACAAAUGCUUCGCGCAACGGUGGAACUGGGACAUUGGGAUCAACGAGACGGUCCGGGAAGCAUUCCGUCUAAAGGCGCAUAAACUCCUUGUCAACACCGUUUCCGAUUGGAAGCGGAAGUGGGAGACCGACGGCGACGACGCAAAGCCGAGCCCGAUGCCCACUUCCUGCUGGAACGGGUUGAAGGCAUUGGCUGGACCUGCAUGCCCAAACCACUGCUGCUAAGUGUUCAGCCGUCCGAAACCGGGUCGGUCCUGACGGUCAA